CCUCUCCUCAUCACCAUCAACACAAACAUUCGUAAGUAAAAAAUGGCAGGCAUUGAAGGGUCUCCUGGCAGCUCCAUGCAUGGAGUCACCGGCAGGGAGCCGGUGCAUGCCUUCUCGGUGGCAUCCCCGAUCGUUCCGACUGACACUACCGCGAAGUUCGACCUUCCGGUGGACUCGGAGCACAAGGCCAAAAAAUUCAAGCUGUUUUCCUUUGCAAACCCUCACAUGAGAACCUUCCACCUCUCGUGGAUUUCCUUCUUCACUUGUUUCGUUUCCACGUUUGCGGCGGCGCCUCUGGUGCCGAUCAUCCGCGACAAUCUGAACCUGACAAAGAGCGACAUCGGGAACGCGGGAGUGGCGUCUGUGUCGGGGAGUAUAUUCUCGAGGCUGGUGAUGGGAGCAGUGUGCGAUCUCCUGGGGCCGCGCUACGGGUGCGCGUUCCUGGUGAUGCUGUCGGCCCCGACCGUGUUCUGCAUGUCGUUCGUGUCGUCGGCGGGAGGGUACGUGGCGGUGCGGUUCAUGAUCGGAUUCUCACUGGCGACGUUCGUGUCGUGCCAGUACUGGAUGAGCACCAUGUUCAACAGCAAGAUCAUCGGCACUGUCAACGGGACCGCGGCCGGAUGGGGGAACAUGGGAGGCGGCGCCACUCAGCUGAUCAUGCCGGUGCUGUUCGACAUCAUCAAGAAGACGGGAUCGACUCCCUUCACCGCGUGGAGAAUCGCCUUCUUCAUCCCGGGAUGGCUUCAUAUCAUAAUGGGGAUUCUGGUGAUGACAUUAGGCCAAGACUUACCUGAUGGAAACCUCAGCGCUCUUCAGAAGAAAGGAGAUGUUGCAAAGGACCAAUUUGGAAAGGUCUUGUGGUACGCCGUCACCAACUACCGAACAUGGAUCUUCGUCCUCCUCUACGGCUACUCCAUGGGAGUCGAGCUCUCCACCGACAACGUCAUCGCUGAAUACUUCUACGACAGAUUCGAUCUGAAGCUCCAUCUCGCUGGAAUCAUCGCUGCCACAUUCGGGAUGGCCAACCUCCUCGCUCGCCCCUUCGGUGGUUUUGCUUCUGAUUACUCAGCCAGAUAUUUCGGGAUGAGGGGCAGAUUGUGGACGCUUUGGAUCCUCCAGACGCUCGGUGGCGUCUUCUGCCUUCUGUUGGGAAGGGCGGAUAAUCUUCCUCUCGCUGUCGCCUUUAUGAUCAUCUUCUCAAUCGGAGCGCAGGCUGCCUGUGGAGCCACCUUUGGAGUCAUUCCGUUCGUCUCAAGGAGAUCACUUGGAAUCAUAUCCGGGCUCACUGGGGCCGGAGGAAACUUUGGAUCGGGAUUGACACAGCUGCUGUUUUUCUCGACUUCAAAAUACACCACAGAGGAGGGAUUGGAGUAUAUGGGGAUAAUGAUAAUAUGCUGCACUCUGCCGGUCAUGUUAGUGCAUUUCCCGCAGUGGGGAAGUAUGUUCCUUCCUGCGUCCAAGAAGGCCUCCGAAGAGCACUACUACACUGCCGAGUACACCGAGGAGGAGGUGCAGAAGGGAAUGCACCACAACAGCCUCAAGUUCGCUGAGAACAGCCGAUCUGAGCGUGGCAACCGGAUCGCCUCUGCCCCCACCCCACCUAACGCUACUCCCAACUAUGUUUGAUCAACUCACAACCUGCUUUUUCAUACUCAUUUUCCCUGUGAAUGAUCAACCAUUCCAUUGAUCAUUAUACCAUAUAUGUAUCCAAUUUUUCCAAUUCCCAGCUCUCUUUUAAGUCCGUUUUCGCUGUCAGCAUAUUUCUUGUAAAUAAUGUGGAGUAUAUAUAAUAUCAAGGUAAACGGUGUAUUGCAUUA